CUCCGAGCAGCUCCGCCGGCCCCCGAGUCCCAGCCGAGCGUCCUCGGAGCCGCCCGCCGCGGGCCCCGCGCCUUCCGAGCCUCCGCCGCGCCUCCCGCUCGCCCUCCGCCCUCUCCUCCGCUCCCCUCCCGGGCCCGCCCGCACCCGCCUUCACUCUGGAGCGGCCCGGGCAGCCGCAGCAGGGGCGGCGGCGGCGCAUCGAGGAGCUCUCCAGGUCGUCCCGGGAGAGGCUGCUGCAGUCCCGGGACAGGAUGUUCUCCAAGCUCACGUCCAUCCUGCAGCACGCCGUGGAGGCGCUUGCCCCGUCUCUUCCACUGCAAGAAGACUUUGUCUAUCACUGGAAGGCUAUUACCCACUACUACAUAGAAACGUCAGAUGAUAAAGCCCCGGUGACUGAUACGAACAUCCCGUCCCACCUGGAUCAGAUGUUAGACAUACUGGUCCAGGAAGAAAAUGAGCGAGAGUCUGGAGAGACCGGGCCAUGUAUGGAAUACCUGCUCCACCACAAGAUCUUGGAAACAUUAUACACCUUAGGGAAAGCCGACUGUCCUCCGGGGAUGAAGCAGCAGGUUUUACUGUUCUACACCAAGCUUCUGGGAAGAAUCCGGCAGCCCCUGCUUCCACACAUCAAUGUCCACAGGCCUGUGCAGAAAUUAAUUCGACUCUGUGGUGAGGUCCUUGCAACGCCGACGGAAAACGAGGAGAUCCAGUUCCUGUGCAUCGUGUGUGCGAAGCUGAAACAGGACCCCUACCUGGUUAACUUUUUUCUUGAGAACAAGUCAAAGUCACUGGCUUCCAGAGGAACUCAGGGUGUCACCUCAGAAGAUGCCGCCAAGAGUCAGGACCCUGUGUCAGCGGACAGCAGCCAGUGCCGCCCGCCUCGGGAGCUGUCAGGAGCUACUGGGGUGGGACACGCAGAGUCAGAGGAUGAGCCCCCUCACCACAUGGAUGACCUGUCUGCAAGCUUGGAUGACCUCAGUGUCACCUCACUGCCAGAGGCCUCCGCCAUUCCGCCAAAGCAGGAUUACAACCUAGUGAAUUCUCUGUUGACCCUGACAAGAAGCCCUGAUGGCCGGAUAGCCGUGAAGGCGUGUGAGGGCUUGAUGCUCCUGGUGAGCCUGCCGGAGCCGGCGGCUGCCAAGUGCCUUGCCCAGAGCACCUGCUUGAGUGAGCUGCUGACCGGCAGACUCACCUCCCUGUACAAGGCCCUGCCUCAGUCGGUGGAUCCCUUAGACAUUGAGACUGUGGAGGCCGUUAACUGGGGGUUGGACUCAUAUAGCCAUAAAGAAGAUGCCUCGGCUUUCCCAGGGAAGCGAGCCUUAAUUUCAUUUCUCUCCUGGUUCGAUUACUGUGACCAGCUCAUCAAGGAAGCACAAAAGACGGCUGCUGUUGCUCUCGCCAAAGCCAUCCACGAAAGGUUCUUCAUCGGCGUCAUGGAACCUCAGCUAAUGCAGACCUCUGAGAUGGGGAUCCUGUCGUCCACGGCCCUGCUGCAUCGCAUUGUCCGGCAGGUGACCUCGGACGUCCUGCUUCAGGAAAUGGUGGUCUUCAUUCUCGGAGAUCAGAGGGAGCCAGAAACUCUGUCAGAAAUUAGCAGGCAUCCCCUAAGACAUCGGUUAAUCGAACAUUGUGACCACAUAUCUGACGAGAUCAGCAUAAUGACCCUGAGGAUGUUUGAGCAUCUUCUACAAAAACCCAACGAGCACAUCCUUUACAACUUGGUCCUAAGAAACCUUGAAGAAAGAAACUAUACGGAAUACAAACCUUUAUGUCCGGAAGACAAGGAUGUGGUGGAGAAUGGGCUGAUGGCAGGAGCCGUAGAUCUGGAGGAAGAUCCAUUAUUUACUGACAUUUCACCAGAUAACACUCUGCCUAAUCAAGAAUGGAUCAGUUCACCCCAUGCCAGUCCAGACCACCCCAAAAAUGAUGGCAAGACAGAAGUCCAUAAAAUCGUCAACAGUUUCCUCUGUUUAGUACCAGAUGAAGCAAAGUCAUCCUACCAUGUUGAGGGCACUGGGUAUGACACCUACCUCAGAGAUGCUCAUAGGCAGUUCCGAGACUACUGUGCCGUCUGUUUACGAUGGGAGUGGCCGGGCGCCCCCAAACCGCUGGAGAAGUGUGAUUUAGAAGCAGCCUUCUUUGAAGGACAUUUUUUGAAAGUUUUAUUUGACAGAAUGGGAAGAAUUCUUGAUCAGCCGUACGACGUGAACCUUCAGGUGACAUCAGUGUUGUCCAGGCUGUCGCUCUUCCCACACCCACACAUCCACGAGUACCUUCUGGAUCCCUAUGUUAACUUGGCCUCUGGCUGCAGAUCUCUCUUCUCUGUGAUCGUCAGGGUUGUUGGUGACCUCAUGGUAAGGAUUCAGCGCAUUCAAGACUUCACCCCCAAGCUUCUCCUGGUCAGAAAGCGCCUGCUCGGCUUGGAGCCCGAAGGCCCCAUUAUCGACCACAUCACGUUGCUGGAGGGCGUGAUCGUCUUAGAGGAGUUCUGCAAGGAGCUGGCGGCCAUUGCGUUUGUGAAAUACCACGCUUCCGCCACACCGUGAGUGGGCGUCACCAGGCUUCAGCCGUAGUCGCCCAGGUCUCUGGGAACCCGAGUUACUGUGUACAUUUCAUCCAAGAAGACCCAGCCACACCCAGCCACGAGAGGACAGAAAACCUUGUGAAUGAAGUAGGCGUCCACUGUGUGACUGCUGUUGGUGAACGGGCCUGAUGUCAUUUCCCCCCGGCUCUGACAUGAUUCUCUGUAUAAACUGCACGUUGGAAACCCGGGAUGCAAUUAGAGCUUCAGGAGACGACGUUUCCAGUGACUGAAAAGCUGCAGGACCCCUGAUGUCAGGCUUUGCUGGUUUCUGUUAUUUUACUCUCCUUCCAGGCAGCGCAAAGCAUUUUGACAUUCUCUGGGACUCAAAUGCUUACAUUCUUUUGUAUUAAUCAGCAGCAAAAAAAAAAUCACUUAUUUUAUAACUUUUUAAGGUUAAGAUUCUUAUCAUACAAAAUAUUUAAGAAAACUGUAAAUGAGGAAAAAAAUGUAGCUGAGGAACCACCAAAAGAAUCCCUAGAAGAUAAAACACGCAGAGUGACAUCAACUUCCUCAGCUUUGUAAGAUAACAAUUUAAUAUGAUAAAGAAAGUAUUAAUUAAUAUAUAUUUUUAAAAGAAAUGUUCUUUUACUCUGUUGUGCACAUAGCCAUGUUUGUGGUUGAUUUUCAUGUGUGGUUCCCAGUUUAUUUAAACUGUCAUUUUUGCUGCGGCAUUGGACUUAUGCUCAUCAUUGGUAGUGUUUGCUAAAAUAGUAUUUUUUUAAAGCUAAUUAGCACAUUCUGGGUUGAGACCUCCCCCAUUCCCUCUCUGAGAAUUGCUUUAUGAAAUUGUUUUAUAAUUGAUUUUCUUACUGAAGCAGUCAUGUCCAGGUGUGGACUGGCUGAUAACUCUUUUAAGCAGCAAUCAGAAUGCCAAGGGCCUCUCAGUGUUUACAUCUGUUUCUCGUUUUGUUCAGUCUUUUGUCUUAAGAGAGUCCAGAGAGAGUUUUUUAAAAGGUCUUUUCAUGUUCAGUUUACACCUUAAAGGGUUUGAGGAAACUGAGUGUGUGCACGUGCUAUGGAUGCAGGAAUGUCUAGGUUAGCCAGGUUGCCGGGCACAGCUGCAGGUCACCCAGUCUCCCCAUCUUAGUGGUCUUCAGGUGACGGGUGCGGUCACCCAGAUGCGCCGCUCAAGUCCCUGCCCCUGAAGUUGUACACGGCAGGCUCUUCCUCUUCGAUGUCAGGAGGCUCAGCUCUAGGGGGUCUGCCCCACCCCCCGAGAUGUCACCAGACGUGUGUGCCACAGCUCAUGGCACGUCCUCAGAGCAUGUCUGUUUUACUAGCGUUUCUGAUUCAUUUCAUAGUUCAGUUUUGCUACUCAGAAACAAAGCACCAAAAGAUAUGAAUGGCCUCAGUUCUAGAAUGAUCAUCAUUGUCAAAACAGCUCUACGUUUCUAACACGAUGCAAAUCUUUCUUUGCUCAUUGAAGAGAUGCGUUAAGUGAAACAGUAACAUCAGGACAUAGUGGCUCCCUGCAUGACUUUCCUUCCGUGGCUUCGAGUGAUGAGAAAUGGUUUGUUUUGUUGUAUUUAUUGACCAGUCCAUGCAAGAAUCACCACAACACCUCCUUUUUUUAGGUGUCGCUACAGUCUGCUUUGAUGAAGGUGUGUUUAAAACAAGGCGUUGAGAGGGAUCAGAUAUCUCUCAGUGCAUUGCUAGUGCUCAGUAGGUGUGGUAGCAAUGAGGUGACCUCCCAGACCAAAUACUCACCCACCCUUGACCUCCCAGCAGGACCCACUGCUAAUCCACGCAGAUGAGCUCACUAAAGCUUUAACUGUGGUGUGUGUGUGUGUGUGUGUGUGUGUGUGUGUGUGUGUGUGUGUGUGUGUGUGUGUGUGUGUGAGAACGUGCGUGCGUGCUGCUUCUGAGAAUAGGGUUUUUCUUAAGUUGUUGUAACCAGCUAGGUUGAGCCCACUUCUCUUCCGAGUUUAAUUUCUUUUUUAUAUUUAAUUCAGACCUAAAGUCAGCACAGGUCAUGGAACUAAGUUGAUUUGUUAAGGAAACCAUGUAUGACAUCACUCUUCUCACAGUCUGAGAGACCGGCUGUUUCCUGUUAUCCACAGACUGUGUGGGUGGAAAGUACCUCCUUAGCAAGUGGUUGUCAUGGUGAGUUCCAAACUGAACCCUAGCCUGCUUCACGUCUGGAUAAAUAGGAAAUAGGUGUGCACUUUUUUUUUUUAACUUCCUAACAGUAGUAUUUGGGUUUAUUUUCAGUAAUGAGCCAUUCUUCACUUGACAAAAUCAGAUUUGUCGUUGCCAAUUUUUAUUAUAGUGUUCAUGUUAUAACUAUGUAAUGCUCUCAUAAUGUAUCUGUGCAAUAUGAAGCUAUGAGUGGAUUCGUAGCUUUUUGGGUUUCCUGUAUAUUAUUGUGUUUGUACAUGAGUGUAUAUAAAUGUGUGUGUAUAUAUAUAUGUAUAUGGACCAUAUUUGGUCUGUAUAUGUAUGUGGACCAAAACCCUUAGCUUGCUUACACUGUUGCUAGUGUAAAGAUUGUUACAAUUAAUUUUACAGGGCACAAAUUAUAGAAUGAUUUCAUACUUUCAUGGUAACGUCUCCAUAAGUUAUUAACAUUGCUCUACAGUUACCAUUUAGUUAUUAAGUUUACUGUGUAACAGAAGAAGUUACACUGAAAUGCUAAACCCAUAAACUAUAUGGUAAUUGUAGAUUUGGGGUUGUACAAUAAAGUAAAAUAUGCAUGUCAUCAUGACGCUUGCUGUGUUAAGACAGAUAAUCCUACUUCUGGCCCUGUAAAAUAUUGUCACUAAUAUCUGUUGGCCUCCUGCCUUGUUUACAUUAAACAGGAUAUUUGGUACCUUUUUCUAUGAACAUCGUGUAGGUCACUGAUGGUGGCUGCUGAUGAAGAAGCUCCCAGAUGACUGUGUGCUCGCCGCCCCCUCCCCGAGGGGGCGAUCAACUUCAGUUUUUGUGCUAACAGUGCAUGCAGGACUAAGAGGGAAAUAAAAUAAAUCAAUGUAACUGAAGCAAAA